AUGGAGCAGGAGAAAUAUUUGCCCGAGCUGAUGGCAGAGAAGGACAGCCUGGACCCGUCCUUUGUUCAUGCAAUGCGCCUCCUGGCUGAAGAAAUUGAAAAAUUUCAGGGUUCUGAUGGGAAAAAGGAAGAUGAAGAAAAGAAAUACCUUGAUGUCAUCAGCAACAAAAACAUAAAGCUGUCAGAAAGAGUACUGAUCCCUGUCAAACAGUAUCCCAAGUUCAAUUUUGUUGGGAAAUUGCUUGGACCAAGAGGAAACUCCUUGAAGAGGUUACAGGAGGAGACAGGUGCAAAAAUGUCUAUCCUGGGCAAAGGUUCCAUGAGGGAUAAAGCUAAGGAAGAAGAACUAAGGAAAAGUGGGGAAGCCAAAUAUUCACACUUGAGCGACGAGCUUCAUGUUCUAAUUGAAGUGUUUGCUCCACCUGGGGAAGCUUAUUCACGUAUGAGUCAUGCCUUGGAAGAGAUUAAAAAAUUCCUUGUUCCAGACUACAAUGAUGAAAUCCGUCAGGAGCAGUUGAGAGAAUUGUCAUACUUGAAUGGUUCUGAAGAUUCAGCACGUGGACGGGGCAUUCGUGGAAGAGGAAUCCGGGUACCACCUGCACCUCCAUCAAGAGGACGUGGGGGUGCGAUUCCUCCUCCCCCACCUGGGCGAGGUGCCCAAACACCUAGAGGGACACCAGUGACACGUGGAGCACUCCCAGUUCCUCCUGUAGCUAGGGGCGUUCCGACCCCUCGAGCAAGGGGAACUCCAGCAGUUCCAGGCUACAGACCACCCCCUCCUCCAGCACAUGAGGCCUAUGAAGAAUAUGGAUAUGAUGAUGGAUAUGGGGGUGAAUAUGAUGACCCAAGCUAUGAGGCAUAUGAUAACAGUUAUGCCACCCAAACACAGAGUGUGCCUGAAUAUUAUGAUUAUGGUCAUGGAACAAGUGAAGACGCUUAUGACAGCUACGCACAAGAAGAAUGGGCCACAACCCGUUCCAGCCUAAAGGCACCACCUCCAAGGUCAGCCCGAGGGGGUUACAGGGAACACCCCUAUGGUAGAUAUUGA